AUGUUAUUCGGACUGUCUUUACACAUAUCGACCGGUCCUCAGUGCCUUGCUUCGGUCUUCUCUAGCAGCUUCCUCAAAGCUAUGGAUCCGCUCUCAGCGGAACAUGCGAAUGGCAGACCAGCAAGUUGGGUUGGUUUCGACGAAAUUUCCAUGACUUCACCAAUUGCUGGACCGCCAGCGGAUCCCGUAGCUCGCGCCGGAAGUGUGGAGCCAUAUGAUGGUCGGAACAGCGUUGCCACGGAGGAGAGGCUGGAGCUGGAAGAUAACGAAAGGGCGGUUGUCACUCCUCUGCCUACUAAGGAAGUAAUCGCAGAUCCGUCUUCUCUUGGUCAGGCUCCCGUGGUUGACGCUUCACAAGAAUAUCAUGACAAGCGCUCUGUCAUCAUGACAAGGGACGUAGACCCUAUUCGAGGAAUCCUCACACCUGGAGGAAUACAUUUAGUGAACAGCAAAAUUGUUGCCACGAUAUAUCCUGAGAAUACUAUGUGUUCUUGGGUCAUUCCUCCUCGCUAUGAUCCAUAUUCAGUUCCAUCCAUCUUGGCUGCCGAAGGUCUGACGAUGUCAGCGGAGGACUACGUGACGGCCAUGGAACUUAUCACUAAUGAUUACCGAUUCAGAAGUUUUUCAUCUCUGUACUCUCGGCUAGUCGCAUUCUGGAUGACUCUUUCUAUUGUUAUACUACUUAUUGUCCUUUUCGCUAACUCUGAAGGUGGAAUUCUUGUGAUGUCGUUCUGCCUUUUCUGGUGCGUGAUGUUGUUCGCUGGCAUCAUUGCUUGUGCCGUCAUUCGGAAACAGAUUCGUAUCGGUCUUCGACAUUGCGUACAGUCUGCAAAUAAGGUACUAAUAAAAAGUAAUAUGAUAGCUGGUGUCGAGGAUAAAGGACAGCUUAGCUGUCACAAAGUUGUUAUUCACAUGAUGUGGUUUCGAAUAGAGGAUUGCCUUCCGGAUAUCGAAAGACUGAUUCGAAUCGAAGCUAGUGGAGGAGCUGUUUUGUUUGGUGGUGGAGCACAUACAGCACCCGCAAAAGAGAUGACUAAGAAGGAGAUUGAAGAAAAAGCUCGACAUCUCAUCCUCAAGUACAGCCAAGACUACGUGAAGGAUUCUGCGAGGUAUCGCCUCGUAUUCCCCAAUAGACCCGCGUUGGGCGUGAGUGAUUAUACUCCCAAACACUGCCCGAAGCAGCUCUGCUUGUGUCAGUACAUCGAUAAGAAUCACUUCAACCGUCCGCAGAAGAAGUGCCUUCAUCAUGCAAUCCUCAAAAAUGACUUGAAGUUGCUCACUUAUUUUGCACUUCUCCCCCAAUCGAUUACUGGUUCAUUUUUGUCAAGAAGAUGCAUAAUGCAGGUUCUAACAGAUACUUCCGAAAAAUAG